AUGUCUUCCUGCCCCGACAAUGGCCAAGUGCCGCGAUUUCCCGGCACCUCGUUGCCCAGCACACCUCUCGACCUCGGCGUUUCAAGCUUAUUUCGCCUUUCUUCUGCGCUCGCUCUCCUCGCACUCGACGCUGUCUCUCGCUGGUUCGUGGUCCUGGGACAAGUUUCUCGCAGGACUACGAAUGAGGUCAAACACGGCCAAUAUCAGACUCGUUAA